AUCUUAAAAAGAAGCCCAGCCCAAAACCUCUGAGAUUCAAGAGUUUACAAACGAACUCGGAUCCUUCCCGUAUCCGUGAUACCCGCCGUAUUGUCAAAAAUUUGGAAACAAAGCCGAACUCUCCGUCUCUCUAAAAAUGUCAAACGCCCUAAUUCCCCACGGAAGAUUCCUCCUCCGUCGUUUCAACCGCCGUGCCUAUUCGUCAAAACCGCAUAACACCGAAACAGACCUCGAUUCGUCGUCCUCAUCAGCGACCUCUAAAGCCGAAGCCGAGCGCAAGAGCCUGAACGAGUAUUUUCAGAAGAUCGCCGUUAAGAACUCGACUCCAGAUUGGCUCCCUUUCUCCCCCGGGGGCUCUUUCUGGGUCCCGCCGCCGCAUCAGAAAACGGCUGGGAAGGUCGCUUAUAUGAUGAACAUGGUGACGAAUCCGUUGAAGAAGGAGGAAGCUUUCUCUCUGUCGUCUUCUUCUGGCUGGCCUUGUUCCUCUUUCUUCAUUACUCCAAAUGAUGAGAAGGUAGAAAGUAGCAUGGAGUUGAACAUUCCGGGGGAGCUAGGGCAUUUCCUAAAUCCAAUUUAUUCAUUUAAACAUGUCGACGAUGAAGACUGAUUUUACAAGUUCUAGCUCGGUGAUGAAGUCCAUUUCCUGUUGCGUGGAAAGACAGAUGAUUCCUGUACUGAUGAGGUUAAGUAUUUGUAUAUACAGCUGCAAACCAUGGAGUUCUAUGGUGUUUGGCCUGUCUUAACGCCUUUGUGAACUUUAUUUAUAAAGCAAUCAAUCAUAAUUAACGGCUAAUUAAAGCUGGUCGGAUUGGUUCUUACCUGCACUACAUGGUUUCAUCGUGAAUGAUAAUUUAGAUCAACCUAAGAUGAGUUUGCAUAUGUUACUAGAUUGAUUCUUAAGAAUUUGUCACUACAAUAAACAGUACAAUGAAUGCGUUUCAUCUUAACCUUUGUUGACGACC